AUGGGGCAAGGGUUCUCGUUAACUACACUCUCGGCGGGCUCCGCCAACAUCGAUGUUCCAGAGCUGGCUGACCUACAGUAUGAAAAGUCAUUGGGUGCCGCCCGGUUCAUGAAAGCCGUGAGAGCGCGGCACAAAGAUGGCCUCGUCGUGGCUCGGGUGGUCAUGAAACCAUACGCACAGUUUGAUUUUCACGACCAUGUCAAGCGGCUGCUCCAUGAACGUAAGGUGCUUGCCGACGUGCCAAAUACGGUAGCGUAUCAUCGUGUCAUCGAGACCGCUGCCUGCGGUUACUUGGUUCGCCAGUACAUCCAUAGUUCUCUGUACGACCGCCUAAGUACUCGGCCUUUCUUAGAGGAUAUUGAAAAGAAAUGGUUAUCAUUUCAGCUUCUUUGCGCUGUGCGGGACUGCCAUGCCAGAAACAUCUUUCACGGUGACAUCAAGACUGAGAAUGUUUUGGUUACGUCCUGGAACUGGUUGUACUUGGCCGAUUUCUCCUCGUCAUACAAGCCAGCACAUUUACCAGAAGAUAACCCAGCGGACUUCUCCUUCUACUUCGACCUGUCGGGUCGCCGAACGUGCUACUUGGCGCCCGAGAGAUUUCUGGCUACUGGCCAGCAACCUGAAGGCGAAGGCGAUGUCAACUGGGCCAUGGACAUCUUCAGCGUAGGCUGUGUGAUCGCUGAAUUGUUCCUUGAAGCACCCAUCUUCUCGCUUAGCCAACUCUUCAAGUACCGACAAGGCGAAUACAACCCCGAACACUCCCAUCUCAGCAAGAUUCAGGAUCCAAGUAUACGGGAACUUAUUCUGCACAUGAUUCAGGUAGACCCCAAUUCGCGGAUGACUGCAGAAGACUACCUUACGCACUGGAAAGGCAAGGUGUUCCCCACCUACUUUUAUGGCUUCCUCCAACAAUACAUGUACUCAAUAACCGAUCCAUCCUCGGGUCGAAAGCCCGUCACAAGUGGCUCGGAACAUCUUGGUGAGCCAGAUGAGCGCAUAGACCGGAUCUUCAGUGACUACGACAAAAUCUCCCACUUACUUUCAAACGAAGAUGACAAGGAGCUUAGUAGGCCUGAAUGUUUGCCUCCCGGACCAAAUGCAAAGCCCUUUCCGCUUUUUGUGAACAUACCAAACUAUCAACACCAGGCUUCUCCAGCACGGAGCCUCGCUGUCGAUGACGGCAAUCUCAUUUUUCUGACCAUCGUCGUGUCCUGCCUACGGGGUACUGCGAGGGCUUCAGCCCGCGUUCGAGGCCUGGAACUCCUUUUGGCGUUUUCGGAACGAUUGACAGAUGAAGCCAAGCUUGACCGUGUGAUACCCUACGUGGCUCAACUACUAGCUGACAAGUCGGAGCAAGUCAAAAUUGCUGCUUUGCGUUCGUUGACGCAAAUUCUGGCAAUGGUACAGGUCGUCUCUCCUAUCAACGCUUAUAUCUUUCCCGAGUAUGUUCUUCCUCGACUAGAAGCAUAUCUGCCAGAUACUUCUGGCAAAGUUGGGCCCCUCGUCCGUAUGCAGUAUGCGCUCUGCAUUGGUACUCUAGCCACCACUGCAGCUAAGUACCUUGACAUGAUUCAAGCACUGCGCGCAGAAGGAUCUCUGCCUGCUGCAGACCCAGAAACCGAAGAGGGCAUGUCUUCGUCUGCACAUCGGAAUCAGUUUGAUUCGGACCGUCGAAUUCUGGUCGAAGCUUUUGAGAAGCAUACCAAAUCCCUUCUCACAGACGCCGAUGCUUCCGUACGUCGAGCCAUGCUUCGAUCUGUCUCUGAUCUGUGUGUCUUCUUUGGUAGUGCCAGAGCAAACGACGUGGUCCUCAGUCAUUUGAACACAUACCUGAACGAUCCAGAUUGGAUGCUAAAAUGCGCAUUUUUCGAAAGUAUCGUUGGCGUUGCUGUUUUUGUUGGUGGCGCCAGUCUGGAAGGAUAUAUUCUACCACUCAUGGUCCAGGCCUUGACAGAUCCAGAAGAGUUCGUAGUAGAAAAAGUCAUUCGGUCACUGUCCUCAAUGGCCCAGCUUGGUUUGCUCCAGCGCUCCAAGACAUGGGAGUUAGUGGACAUUCUUGCAAGGCUCACGAUGCAUCCAAACCUCUGGAUACGGGAAGCUGCUGCGCAAUUCGUUUCUGCUGCGUCAAGGUAUCUAUCCGUGGCUGAUACACACAGUAUUCUAGUUAAUCUUAUCCGCCCAUACCUCAAGGUUGUUCCUGCAGAGUUCUCGGAAUUGCGCAUCUUGGAAUCACUGAAGAGCCCCGUGUCGCGGCUGUUAUUGGAGAUGGCGUCCAACUGGGCAUUGCAAGCCCAAAACGGACAGUUCUGGUCGGUGGCUAAGCAACAACAAACGUUUACAUUCGGGUCAUCCGACGAUAGCCUACCAACUAUUUCCGGCCGAGAAUUAGACCAAAAGGUCUUGCAACGGCUGCCAAAGAAUGAAGAGGAUGAUUUGUGGUUGCAAAAGCUUCGCAACGCGGGAAUGACCUCAGACGAUGAUUUCAAGCUUGUGGCGCUUAGGGAGUUCAUAUGGCGAGUGAGCCAUCGGCGGCGCUCUGACAGCCUUUCCACUCCCACUACGAGAUUCAACAGUAUAGUAACGCUGAAAGAUCUUGGUGUCAAAGCCCAGACUGUAUUGUUUGACGAGGAUGUUCGCCGGAUUAUGGAGCAAACAAAGAAGGCCAAUCCUCCAGAAGAACACCUGCCGCCCCGCACAAUCAAAGAUGCUCUUUUGGAUGCGUCAACUACGGAAGCUGACGGGUUGAGCGACCGAAUGCCGCGUUUCGAAAGUCAAGCUGGGCGGUUGGUCCGCGAAGAAAGGGGCAUUACAAUUCCGUCCCGGUCAAGACCGCAUCCGCCUUCUACCGAUCAACAGUCGCCGUCUUCCGGAGGCGAGAUGCGGAGAGAUUCUUUACGCGCUUCGAGGACAUCUCUUUCGCCUUCAGGCUCACUCGGAUCUGGUGAUCCAUCUACCAGUCUUCGGCAUCGCAACAGUGCAUUAGGGCUACUCGGGAAAGGAGAGAAUAAGGCCCUGGCAGAGAUUGGCACAACUUCGGCCAACGUUUUGGGAAAGGUUGAUGGUUCUCAUGUACGAGACUCAUCUUUACCUCGACAGCCAAAAUCACCACUUUCCGUUGACAGAAUUGACAGAAGUCCGUUGCGACUCCGUUUUCGAAACGCACAUAACUACACGGGUAAUGAUCCAGCAAUACUAAAGCUAUUGGACUCAAUGCUCCUAGAGCGCUUCCCAACCGAUGAGCUUGAGUUUGGACCUCUUAUCCAACAACCCAUCCGACGACAACCCAUCAAGCACAAGGAUGCGCAUCGAUUGCCAGCAGGUACUCCCUGGAGGCCAGAAGGCACACUAGUUGCAAGCUUUGGAGAGCACACAGCGGCCGUGACGCGGAUAUUGGUUUCGCCCGACCAGGGGUUUUUCAUCAGCGGAUCUGAUGACGGUUGCGUGAAGAUUUGGGAUACAUCCCGUCUUGAACGCAACAUUACUCGUCGAUCUCGGCAGACCUACAGGUUGGGCGAAGAUGUCAAAGUCACAAGCUUAGUCUUCGUUGAGUCCACCUAUUCAUUCGUUGCAACAGGCAAUGACGGAAGUGUGCACGUGGUACGCAUAGACUACCUGCAGAACCAAGAGGGCAACGCCAAAUUUGGCAGGCCCCGACUCCUUCGCGAAUACCAGCUUCCCAAAGGAGAUUGUGCCAUCUGGUCGGAACACUACAAUGGAGAUAACAGGUCCGUUCUUUUGUUAGCCACCAAUACAUCAAAGAUCAUUGCACUCGACCUGAGGACCAUGGAGCUGCUAUAUACUCUCAACAAUCCACUCGACCACGGAACACCGACUUGCUUUUGUGUUGACCGAAAAGCGCAUUGGCUGCUACUGGGAACAUCACAUGGUGUGCUCGACCUAUGGGAUCUUCGGUUCAAGCUACGUCUCAAGGCCUGGGUUUGCCAUGGUGCAUCACCAAUCCACAGACUCUACCAAGUCUUUCUACCCAAGGCGAAGAAAACCAGACUAUAUAUUGCUGGUGGUACUGGUCAAGGUGAAGUAACAGUAUGGGAUUUCGAGAAGCAUAUCUGCAAAGAGGUGUAUCGCACGGGCUUAUGUAAAGACAUUGGCAUCAAGAGUACGACACUGAUAGAUCUUGACGAAGAAAAACCAGGAGGAAUGCUUGGUCGCUUUGCUACUAGCGUCGAGCCCACGGCCAGCUCAACGGCAGAUCGGGAUGUACGCGCUAUCGCAGUCCAUACACAGACCAUUGACGACAAGGGCGAGUCAAAGCAUACAUUUCUACUCACUGCAGGUUCAGAUUGGAAAGUUCGCUAUUGGGACACUAACCGAGCGGAAUCUUCGCUUGUAGUCAGCGGGCUCGAAGCUGACGAAGGAAAACCUCACUAUGCUGUCACUCAACCGAGCCCAGAUACAGUUGUUGUUACAGAGCAACUGCAACCAAGCGCGAACCAGAAUGGGAACGGAAGAGAUAGCAGGGUAACUCAGUCAAGCAAGAAGAUGGCGGGCAAAUCAUCGAGAUCAGGUGCAAUUGCUUUACAGCAACAGUACCUUCUCAAAAGCCAUGUCGAUUGUAUUUUAGAUGUGGCACUGAUCGAGCAGCCGUAUGGGAUGGUCAUCUCAGCGGACCGAUCGGGCGUUAUCAACCUGUUCAUGUAGAGACCCCUUACAAUCGGAAGACGGAACCACUGGACAUAUCCCGGUAGAGGCGUGGAUAAUGAAUUAUACUGCUCAGCGA